AAAAAACACAGAGAAAAAUCCACAAAAGAGAAUUGAAAACAAAACGAGAAAAGAAAAAGGAAAGAAAAAAAAAAAGGAAUUACAGGAAAGAGGAUAAGACACUUGUGGAGAGCUCGUGCUGUAAACACUUCCACUGAAAUCUCAAUCACCAUGCAACACCCAUCUAACGGCUAAUAGUCACUUGUGAGUAGAAGCCAGAAGGAUAUAAUAUCCCACCCACUUAAACUCCCUCCUCUUGUUCACUCAAACCCCAUUCUUCUCCACCACCAUUUUCAUUUUGUUGAGUGAGUGAGAAAAAAAGCCAGGCCUUUAACAUAAAAAAGAAAAAAAGAAAAAAAAAAGAAGCUCAAUGGCUUCUCUAACAAUGGUUUUCGGUCCGGCCGCCACCGGAAGUUUCUUCGCGGCGACUGCGGCAAAGGGUGCAGGAGGAAGCAAAGAGGAGAAAGGACUGCUUGACUGGAUUCUUGGUGGGCUGCAGAAGGAAGACCAGCUUCUUGAGACUGAUCCAAUCCUUAAGAAGGUUGACGAAAAGAAUGGUGGCCCCACCAACGGUGGCCGGAAGAAUUCUGUGGCAGUCCCAAAGAAGAAAAACGGAGGCUUUGGAGGCCUUUUCGCCAAGAAAUAAAAGAAAAAGAAAAAACAGGCUAUUUUCUAUCAUUCUUGUAAUUCUCUCUGCAGGCAUUUCACACCUUUUGUGGUGUAUAUUUACUUAUCUAAUCUUUGAUCAUCAUUAUGGAACAUUUAAGUCGUGUUAUAAACGAAUUUUAAUUCAUUUUUCACA